GCGGGUGAGCGGGGGUCCCGCGUGGCGCUGGCGCUCUGCUCUGCCAGGCCGCCGCCGCUGCCGCUUCUGCUUCCCGCUUGCGGCCGGGCGGCCAUGGUGUGUACGGUUGCCAUGGGAACAGCGGGCGCCGAGGAAUGCAAGCUUCAAAGAAAAAAAGUACAGAAAAGCCAGAACCAUUCUACAGGCUUUCCAUGCCAAAGCAGAAGACCAGUUCGGAGAUCAUAAAUGAAGCAAGAAAUGUUCUGCGAACACUAAGAACUCAGAGGCCUUUUACACCUACAGAGGAUCAAAGGAAACUUUUUGGAUCUGGAUCCUCGCGAACUCUUGAGAAUAGACCCCCUUCAGUUUUUAGUCUUCAUGCUUCCAGUUUUGAUUUGGCUGAAUCAAGACCCGUUUCUGGUAUUCGUCUUAGCCCACUGGAUCAUAAGCCAAAAUUACUCACUUUUGCAAAAGAUGGAAAUUCUUCCAUUUCCCUUCCAAAGCCUCCUGUGGAUCCUGAGGAGGUUAGAAAAGUCAGCAGUGCUCGAGCAGACUUCUUUCGAAGAACUUCUCAGGAAAAUUUCCUUCCUGCUAAAAUGUUUCCUCCUGAUCAGAAUGAAGAAAAGCUAGAUUCUGAAGAGCCAGCUAUGAUGAAUAGUCUCUGCAGAAGUAAUGAAAACUGCUUAGCAGAACAAAGGGCAUACACACCAUUUAACAAUGGAAAGAGUCAAUUAAUUUAUAAUGAGCGUAUCAGCAAAUCAGAGAGGGAAGACAUCCUGAAAGGGACAGCAGGAAAAUUUUUAUUUCAACUGAGAGGUGAAAGUGACCAGAUGAAAAAGCUGGGCACGAGUUCAUCAUGUCCAAGGAGUAUGAGCUGGAAAAGAGGACUAACAGGCUUAGAGGAUGACACAAGAGUAAAUGAAUCAGAAGAGGAAGAAAACUUUUGGCACAUAAAGAUUCUACCAAUUCUGCGUGAACUGGAGAAUGUAGAAGACAAUAUAGAAAAUCUCUGUCUGGCUUGCACUAAACUCCAUCAAGCCUUGAACGAAGGAAAUAUGUUUGGGAAAAGAUUUAAAAGAAAAAGUGUGCUUCUGAAGACAUUAUAUAAACUUGUAGACAUUGAUUCAGACCCACUUUGCCUGAAGCUGGCAAAGAUUAUUCUGUCUAUGAAAGUGAAUGGAAAAAAUCUUCUCAGUGUCUGCAAGCUUGCAUUUAAAAUUUGCAGAAAUAAAAAAAAUGAUUAUAUCAUACAAAAUGAUAGAUUACUGGAUUGUUUGUUGGAGGUCCUGAGAACUGAAGAUCUACAAAAAAACAAUGAAGCUCUCCUGUAUUGCAUGGGAGCUGUAAAAUGCAUGUCUGGAAAUGCAGUGCUUCUUAAUGAAAUGGUCAACAAACGAGCCGUUGAAAUGUUGCUGCAGUUAAUGAAGCAGAUUAAUAGCAUAAGAGAAAAUGACACACAUUUCUCCAACUUGGGCCACCUAUUAGUCCAGCUGACAGCUACUUUGCGAAACUUGGCCGAUUUACCUCAGGCAAGAUGCCAGCUCAUUUGCAAUGGUGCAGUCCCUGAGCUCUGUGUGGCGCUAGAGCAACAUAUGAAUGAUACAGAUGUAUGUACCCGUAUUGUCAGGAUAUUCAGCAAACUUUCUUCCUACAAUGACUUCUGCACAGCUUUGGCAGACUGCUCCAGAUGUUACAUCUUAUUUUUAGCCCUACUAAACAAACAUCGGAAGAAGCAGGUUGUUUAUGAGCAUGUUGAACAGGACAGGUCCCAGCACAGAACUCUGGAACUCCACUGGUCGUGUUCCUCCAUUGCAAGAACUAAUAAUCUACUGUUUUCCUGUCUCGUCAUCAUAACCUAUACCAGGACAUUCCCCCUUAUGGCACGACUGCUUUAUUUCAUUAAGAUUUUGGAUUUGGUUGUCCGUAUUGUCUUCAUUCUUGGGAAUUUAACAGCAAAGAAUAACCAGGCCCGUGAGCAAUUUUUUGAAGAAAAAGGAAGUGUUAACACACUGAUAACAUUAUUCCAAACCUACCAUAAACUUGAUUUGAAUGCAGAAAAAUGGAACCAUGAAAGAGGAGGAGAAGAAAAGAAAAACCAAAAGCAUCCUUCAGAAGCAGAAGAUGUUCUUAUAAAGCUGAUAAGACUGCUGGCCAAUCUCUCCAUUCAUCCCAGUGUAGGAGCAGCUCUGGCAGCUGCUCAUCAUGUUGUAGAAUUACUUGUUACAGUACUAGAGUACAAGUCAAUUGAUGACUGUGAGGAGCUGGUUAUCAAUGCCACAGCUACAGUCAAUAAUUUAUCCUACUACAAAGUGAGGAGUUCUGCGAUUGAAGACAAGAAGCUACAUAUUGCAGAAAUGCUUUUAAAGCUGUUAAUGAGCAACAGUAUGGAUGGAGUUGUGGAGGCUGUAAGAGUCUUUGGCAAUCUUUCCCAGUAUCAUGAGAUAUGUGACUUCAUCAUAAAGAAAAAGAUUUAUAAGUUCAUGAUCGCUUUACUUGAUGCCAAGAAUCAAGAUGUCUGCUUUUCUGCCUGUGGAGUUCUGCUCAAUCUCACUGUAGAUAAGAAUAAACGAGUUCUCCUGAAGGAAGAAGGAGGAAUUGGGAAGUUAGUUGACUGUUUACAAGACUUUGGGCCGGCAGACUGGCAGCUGGCUUGUCUGAUAUGCAAAACCCUGUGGAACUACAGUGAAAACAUCACAAGCUCGGUCUCGUGCUUUGGAGAAGAUACCGACACACUUCUAGUGCUGCUCACAUCACUCUUGGAUGCAGAGCUAUCAUUGGAUUAUAGCCGUGACAGAGAUAUGGGAGACCAGCACAAAAUAUAUUGGGAAACAGAAUUCAAACCUGUGGCAGAAAAGCUUCUUGAUAGAAUUCAAAGCCUUCACUCCUCCCAACUAUGAAUAUUACUCCAUUUUAAUCAGAGGUUGCAUAAGGAGUAUUUAAAAUAGCUGAAAUGUUUGUAGGUAAUAACAUAAUGAUAGAUGCAAAUAAUAAUAUAUUGAAAACAGCUACAAAAUAAUUUUUUGUGAUGUGGAUUGUACAGUUAUGUAUUUCUAAUGCACUUGUGCACUGUCAUUGGUAAGCAUGUUGGAGAGCACAGGAAAAGUUAAUUUUAAAGGAGUAGAACUUGACAUUUAUAUAGUGGAUACUAUUUUUUGAGAAACUUGUAUGAAAUUUCUGUGUGUAUAAUUAGUUUUUACACUAUGUUUGGGCUUAUCAAGCAGCUGUUCAGUGUGAUUUGUCUAAUAGUUACAUAGUUUCUUUGCUGGCAAAAUGAAACAAAGCUUCUAAUUUUAAAAGGUAAAUUACCAUUGGGUACCUGGAUCUCUGUGAUACCAAAGGGCUACGUACUGUAAAAGAAUGUUAUAUGAUGCAAGCCACCUCUACCUACAGACUUUGACACACUGUUUUGUCUUUUAUAUUUUGUUUUUUAUAAAAUUCUGCAACAGAACAACUGUAAUACUAGUGGGGCAUUCUGGUGUAUUUUACUGUCAUCUUCAUUCUUUCACAGAUGCUUUCAGUGGUCAGGAGGAAAGUUGCUCCCCUUCCCUUCAAGGAGAAGCCUUUCUUUACUGAUACUGCAUGGUUAGGGUAUCCCAGCUUCCCCAUUGGUGCUCUUGGGAUAUAGGUCCAGCUGUAUUGGAAAGAGGUGUCUUUCUGUGUUGGGGCUUCGCGUCUUAAGGCAAAACGCCAUGACCCUGAUAUCAUACUUCAGCUAGUCUGCUGUGUUCUUCUUUCAGUUGUUCUUUCAUUGCCCAGGAGCUGCACAUAUGCCAGUACUUUUCAGGUUUUCUAGGCCAGCUGCCUCCCCUGGGCCUAUGUCCCCAUCCAAGGGGAGUCCCGUAAGUCCUUUAUGUUCCAUCUCACUGCUUCUGGCUGCUUUUACUGAUCAGUUUUUAUCCUAGUGGUGUGUAGAAGUCCCUGUUUGUAGCUCAUGGAUUAGUUCAGCAGGUGCAUGACUGACCUCGGGCUGUACCAGCCGAGUUGGCUACUGAAAGCUUUACAGACCUGACCCAUUUGUCUCUUCUCCUACCUCAGACUACUAAGAAUAAACUGCUGUACAGUGAGUGCUGGGCUCCUGGCUCUUAUCCCUGGGGGUCAGUAGCCUCAUGCUGUACCGUAUGUGCCAGGAGGGCAAGUCUCCAGCCUGGCGAUUACUGCAGAGGCUGAAGGAAUUUAUUUUUCUGAGGCAGCAACUCCGAGCUCCCGCCGUGGCUCCACGGCAUGUUUGGCAGCACCAUGACCGGCCCAUCCAGGUGUGGAGGCUGGGAAGCAGAGGAGAGCCCUGCAGUGAGUGACUUCUGGAGUGUGCGUAGCAGCCUCUGUCACUGCAAUCUGCAGAGGAGACUGCUCAGCUGUUGAGUAUGGUUUGGCUCUAAGAACAGCUCUGCUGAACUCAAAAAGAUCUCAAUUAUUAUUCUUUCUUUGGCUAUUUUAAUUUUAGCUGAAGUUUAGGGAGAAGAUAAACAGCUUCAGAGCCACAUUUGCUUAUUGGAAAAGAGAAUGGAUUUGCUUUUAAGGGGUAUUAAGGAAGGGUUGAUGUAAGUAUUCCCCUGUGAGAAGAGUGCUAGAGGCAUUUGUUCUUGGCAUUCACAUCAAAGCAAAAGGCAAGCGAACACCAUGCUGUGUAAUGCAGGGUGGGAAUGCAGGGGAAAAGGCCUUGUGGCCAAGUGCUGUCAGUAGGUCUAAUCAGAACUGACAAAUGCUGGAGAUGUCAGAAGGCAGCCUGAUACUGACUUUCUGCUCAAGGCCAUGAGGUGGCAGUAAUGGAGGCAUUUAAAAUCUGUUCAAGGAAAAUGUUAGUUAUUUCAGUCAGUACCAGUCAAACUCCAAACAAAGGCCUGGAGCCCUGUGAAGAGUGUCCUCUAACACAGGCAAAAUUUGAAUAUUCCACAGUGAGGAGAAAAGCUGGGGCAGCCUGGGUGUUUGGCCUGUGACAGCUCCAGAAAAAGCUCAUUCAGGUAAAGCAGAGAGGGCAGCAGAACCGCAGUGCACCUGAGAGCACAUCUAGCAGUGGCUCCCUGGCUCCUGUGGAGCUGUGCCAGUCCAUGCUUUUCUCUGAGCAAAACUUGUGGGUAACAAUUUUGAGCCCUGAAAUACUGCAUAUCUGAUGUACUCUUAAAGCAUCUCCCACCAUUUGAUUGUCUUUGCCACAAAUCUCAAUUCAGAAGCUCUCUUGGGAUUUCAGGAGCCCAUUCCUGUACAAGGACCAAUUUUUUAGCCUCUGUCACUCUUUUUUUUGGUUGGUGUUUUUUUUUUUGCAAGAGGGGUGUGUGGGUGUGUACAUGCCUACAAAGUUUUGAAGUGAAACUUCACUGCAAAGAUGAUGGAAAGUCAAGCACUGAUGGUGAUGAAUGUUCAUUGCUACUCAGUGGGCAGAUGGAUCUGCUGUGCUCUUCUAGGCACAGAUUAAAAAACAAAAUCCUCUGUGGGUAUGUGUGUGGAUUUUUUUUUUGUUUUUUUUUUGUUUUUUGUUUUUUGUUUUUUUUUGAAUGGAUCAUGCCUUGGCCCAUGCAGUAGCCAGCCAUUUAGUUGCCUCCACUUGCGCUGGUGCAGACAUGGUGUUUCCAUGCUGUUGCUGGGAGUGAUGGGAAGUGCAGCACUGCCUCCUUCUGUGCGAUGAGUUGCCUCCUGCCAGGCUCCUCCACCUACGUCUUCCUUUGGGGAAAGUCACCAACCCUUGACAUGCCCGUGACAGCUGAGGAUCGGGGGCGUUGCGGCUGCACGUGGGCUGCUGCACUUUGCAGCUGCAGUCUGAGGCUCUGCAGGAGCCGCCUGUGAGCUUCCUGGGCUCACAGCCAGCAGCAGCUGAGGGCAUCUCAUGCCAGGCCAGGGAGAGGGGCAGUGUUGCCCCUCAGUCCUCAUGCCCUGCAUGCCAUGCAGCUUCUCCUCUAUGUGGUGAUGGACACUUCCAUGGCAUUUUUGAUAACUUAGGGUUUUCUUGUUUUUUAAGACUGUCCUCCACCAACUUUAGUUGCCACUGUACUUCACAGCCUUGCUCCUUCUCUUCUACUAGGGAGCACAAAUGCCUCAACAUUCUUGAUGGAAAAAUCCCAGAUAUUUUUCAGGUGUCUCUCAGCUGUAUUGUCUUGCUACUUAUGCCUCGUUUCUAAGGGGCUCUAAACACUAGGGAAUGGCAUAGCCUCUGACAGAGCAUCCAUUUUGUUUUCAAAUGAAAGAUCUCUAUUUUUAUUGCAAGCUACCUUAAAUGCAGGAGAAAAAAAACCUUGGUGCCUGUAGGCCUCCUAAGAAAGCUCAGUUGGCUGGAGAGCAUGGAACUACUUCAUAGAAAUUAUGAAUAGAAUUACCCUGGCAUAAGUAGGAAAAGCGGGUAAAUGCAGGUUUCUGAGCUUCCUCAUCCUCAUUAAACUGUGGUAUCAAAUUAUCCCUGUUGAGGGUGGGUGUUGCUGAGUGAAAUCGGUAGCUACCAUUUGAAAUCCCUUAAACAGUCCAGUAAUAGAAAUGCUCAGAAUUCAGUGUGCAUGUUGAAGCAGGAGUUUUUUUGUUUUUGUUUUGGGUUUUUUUUUUUUUUGUACAAGCAGAAAAGUAUCUGCUUGCCUUAUCACAAGCUAGCCUGAUUUUUCUGCCUUCCAGUUUAGAGAGAGAUGCCAUGUGUUUGUGCAGCAAGGUUAUCAGAGCUCCUUAAAGGACCUUCAGGUAAGUCCUGAGAGACUCCUAGCAUUUCCCUUGUGUAAUGCAGGUCACUGCUUGUAAGUCACUUUCAAAGUGUGGAUUCCCAUGAGCUGGUCUUACAUCCUUAUCAGUUCUUAAAAAUAUUCAACUCAACUCCUUCCUCUUUACCAUGUUUAUAUUACUGACCAGUGUAUGCACCCAAAUGACUGCUGUGUCUGACCACAUAAGAGACUAACACAGAGGCCAAGUUGGGGUGCUUUUCUACUCAUCUGCCUUUUUUUUUUUUUUUUUUUUUUUUUUUUUUUUUUUUUUUUUUUUAAAAACAGAA